GCAUUUUAAUAAAGAAGAAGCUUAUUUUUCUGAAAGGCUUUUAGAAAUGUAAACUUUUCUUCUAAAAAACUAGUUUCCUGACAGCUGCUACUAUGUUGAAUAGCAUUGUCAAUCCAUUGUCCUUGGUAACUUUGCAGAGACAAGUAGUUUUAAAGGUGGAAGGUUUAAGCUCUUGGGUUUGUUAAAUAAACUUAUGUUACGUCAUAACGCCUUCUCAGUAUGCCACUGUUUUGAAUGCAAUAUUUAAUGUUUUCCAUACAUAUUUAUUAUAGUAAUGACGUUUUGUCCAUAUUCAUUAUCUCUGCAAAACAGUGGUGGAUCUUUAACGUGCUGAAUGGUGUGUGAAGCAAGUUUAAUUUACCGUCGAAGUGAUUUGUGAGGACAAUUUUCACCGCCUUUCCCUAACUCUGGAGACUUUGCCCACUAACAAAUAUUUCAACUAAAAACGAACAAAAUUGUGACGCAUACAGCACACAACAUUCGAUGCAUGCUACAGGAGCAGUUGAUUCGUAGCAUCAUUUGAGUUUCUUUAAAGGCGUUUGCGCAACUACCUGUUUCGUAAACAAGAUACUCAUUUGAUACAGAUCUAAAGCUCGAACUAGUUUAAACAUUUUAUCAAAGUUGUUUGCGAGCAAGUCCACGCGAUCUUAUUCCAAAUAUGAUAAGAUAAUCUUUGUGAACUCAGUUGCUAUCAAACUUUGUUUGUAAGUACUUUAAGGAAACCAAUCAAAAACGGUAGCGUAAAAUACACAGGAGGUCACUAACACGUGGAAACCUCCUCUGAGUACACCACAGUUGUGAAAUCAAACAUAUUUUUUAGACCUGUUGUGAUUAUUUACAGAGUAUGAUAAAAAGUAUGAAAAGAGUGAUGCUUAUAUAGUAAAGAUAUAAGCUUUUGAAUAUUAAGAAAACAUAUAAUCUCAACAUUUUGAUAAGGCUGAGAAGUCAACAAUUGCAUCAACGAUUUUUUCUUGCCAUAUACAUCAACCAUGUUACUUUAACGAAAGCUUCUGUCAAGUUUUAGCUAUUCUAGAUUUUUCGAUGCCAUAUGACAGGGCUCUACACACUUCAUCGCAUAGAGCAGUAUAGGUUCCACUCCUAAUGCGAUCGUCAUGCAGCCAGUUUCCACUCAUUUUGUAGGUGCCGUUUUGUUGUCUUGCCUUUCUAGAACCUUUAACUUAGGUUUUUUUUAAUAAUAGUGUUUUUGCUCCAAAAUUUUCGUUAUUGUGAGGAAACCUGUUAUGAUGCUUGAUAUACGGUUGCCAUGACAAAUAAAAGAAAUUAAUCAUGGUAACUAUUGUUUCGACUGGAAAUACCACCUGGUGACCACCUCAUUACGUUGAAUUACUCACAUGGUUAAUACUUCUUAUCAGUGAUAAAUAAAGGACCGGGUAAAUAUUUGCUCAUCCUGUUUGCAUAACAUUGUUUCACGUAUCGGUGUCAAUGCAGAUACGAGAAAAAUUAUUUUGGCUUGACAUAUAUCAAACCCGUUUUUCGUUCUUGUACAACUAAGCAAAGAAAAUGAAGUUUAGUAGAGCCCUGUUCUUCUAUGGAAGCCCAGUCGUUGCCGUUUUAGCUUGUUUGUUGAACCUGCCUGAAAUCAUUUUGCUUCUGAAGAGAUACAGAAAAAUGUCGAAGCUGCACGUGAAAGGUCGUGUGGUACCAGUCCUACUCCUGAUAAGUUUGGCUGCAUCGGAUUUUCUGGUUGGCCUGACAGUCAUACUCAUUAAAAUCAUCCGUUAUCUUCUGGACGAAGGCAUUAUUCCAACGAGUGAAUUCAACAGGAAGAUGCACAAGGUCCUGUUGUUCCUGUUCCUGCGCCUGUCUUUGCUCACUUCAGUCUUCAAUCUUUUAGCCUUGACAAUUGAUCGAUUAUGCUCGAUACGGAAUCCGAUAUUGUAUCGCACUAGGGUAUCCUCUCGGCACGGAUUCGCUGCUGUUCUUGCAAGCUGGAUGCUAGCAUCAGUACUUAUCGCAAUUCAAUAUUAUUUCUCAAUCUAUGAGGAUAUGGAGCCCAUAAAAUACCGUCUACUCAUCUUUCCUGUUACAAUUAUUCCGGCAUCUAGUUGUUUUAUUCUUUGCUAUAUCAAGAUUCUUAACAAUAUGUCAAUGCAUGGACAAGCAAUUCGGGGACAGCUUCAAACAGCUGAGAAAUGCCCACUUUACAUUCUCGAACGAGAACUCAAAAUCUCACGAUUUGCAGCGACAGUUGUGUCUGUCUUUAUGGUGUGUUGGUUACCUCUAGCUUUUAUUGGUCUUGUCAACAUUUUGGGUGUUGAUAUUGAUAAUGAGUUACCAAACACGAUGUUCAUUCUGGCUUUCACGAACUCUGUUUUGGACCCUUUAAUUUAUUUUGGUUUUAAAGAAAAGGAGAGCUUACGCAAAAAGAUAUCGCAGAUGACCGCGAGAAUUUUCAAACGGAAUCAUUGAUUAUUUACAUUUCACUUACUAGCAGCCUUCGCGGUGUGCUAUUUGAUAGAGAAAAAGUCGUCAAUGUACAGGACAAAUAAAGAAAUGUGACAGUCGAUAGAAAAAUCUGCUUUCGUGACUUUCGUUUGUUACCAGUGAGGAAUUACUGCCUAUAAAACAGCCUGUAAAUGCGCAAAAACAAAAGACCGUUGGCUCAGCAAGAGCAAGUGAAAUGGCAUGAGACGUAUAGCAAAUUAUUGCACCUUUGCAAGAGACGUAAUAUUUUACCAACGAAUGCACCUACGUAGCAAUAAGUGCCUUUUGCAAUGCUUCAACAAACUUCAGUAUAUUCGCAACUCAUUUUGGGAAGGAACCCAAUUAAAAGGGUAGAACAGCAAAAUUAAAACGUAUUGGAAUUAUGCCUAGGAGCUGAUCUGUUAUUAUUAACACAGGGCUACUUGUUCAGCUUUCUUUCGGGUAUGAUGGUCGGUUAGUUUAUGUUGACUAGCGCAAAUAGCUUUUGCUAAGCUUGACACUUUUUGUUACCGAUCAGACAUUAUCCGGUAACUGUUUUGUGUGAACAGCGUAUAGUCUAACACAAAUACAUAUAGUAGCAGCUGUUUUUCAUUGUAUUCAACUGCUUUCCCAGU